AUGAGAAAAUGUGGAGGGGAUGGACUCAAGGAGAGCAUAGAUAGACUAGAGAGUGUUAGCUCUGAAAUUCUUGACAUGGACCUCGGAGACCAUCUUUCUGAAAAACUCGGAAUGAAGCCGGUCCUGUGCCAAGGUGAUAUGUGGUCAACGAAUAUGAUAUGGAGGCAAGGCGAUAAGGGCAUAGAACUUGCUGCUAUCGUUGAUUUCCAGCUGAAGCAAGCUUACAAGCUGUUCUUUCCAUUGGGGGCAUUUUUGAUUGUGCCCAUGAUUGGUCCUCUGUUUCAGUUUGCCAACAACCGCGAUGAUGUGGAAUACAAGGCGAAAGUAGGUUAAAU